CUGGCUUACUCCAAGAGUAUUAGAACAAAAAACUAUGGUUUCGCAGGCAUCAUUGAGGAACUUUCCAAUAGCAGUCCCAUUCUUUGUCGCCAGACAUAUGUCUCCAGACACAAAACUUCCUAGGACCAGAAUGAUUAUCCCUGCCAAGUCAAGUUUUUGGCCUUAUCUCGCAAGUGACAGCAGAGUAGCUCCUUUGGGGGGCUGUCGCCGAACCCCAUACCCCUAUAAUAAUGGUAGAGUAAGGGAUGGCCCCAAAGCAGAAUUGACCGGUGGUGGUUGGUUGAAGCUGGUGACUCAGUGUGAAGAGAGGCCAAGACGUGACUCAGUGUGAAGAGAGGCCAAGACGACAGAUAACCCAAUGGCUGCCCUGUCUCAAAAGAGACAUCGUCGUCCGGCGGAUUAGGAGGGUGGUCUAUUACCGACAGCCUUAACUCUUUGUUUAUAUGCCUUUCUGCUUUGCUUCUUUUUUGUUCCAACUUCCCAAUAGCAGUCUGCCAGUCUCAUUCGUACAUCAAAAAAAAUUUGAAGAAGCCUAGUGCAAAGAGGAAGUGGUUUAGAUCUUUGUAGCAGAUAUUUUCCCUCAUUGACUUUUGUUUUGAGAAGGAUACUUCUCACUAAAUGGAAGUACCUAGGGAGGAAGAGGGACCCGUGUUGGCAGAAACAUGUUAGGUUGUUGGACAGUUUGCUUUACUCAAUUGCCCUUGACUUGCUAAUAUUGACCAUUUGAUAAAUUAAAUUCUUCUUGUUUUCCCA